AUGGGCUGCAACGGUUCUAAAAGCGCCGAGGUGACUGAAAACCAGAAGCCAGAGGAGCAACCAAAAGUAAAGCCCGAGGAACCCGCCGCUGAGGAGGAAGAAGAGGCACCAGCACCAGCUGCCUCUCCUGAGCCAACGGAAGCCACCCCUGAGGCUGAGGCUGAGCCAGAAAAGGAAGCAACUCCUGAGGCCGAGGAAGCCCCAGCCAAGGAAGACUCCCCAGCACCCGCCAAAGAGGCCCCUGCAGAGGAGGAAGCCGCCCCAGAAGCCGCAGAAGAGCCAGCCCAGGAGGAAAGCAAUGAUGAAUAA